AUGUUGCCAAAGCUAGUGUUGCUCGCUGGCUGGGUUUUUUCUACUGUCGCAGCCAGACUCACCUUUACCAACAGCAACUGGAAUGUCGAGCAGGGGACACCGUUCACGCUCCACUACGAGGGCUGUGAUGAUGGCUGCACCAUCGCCCUUAUGACAGGCGCUUCUGAUAAUCUGAGAGUCGCGAAAGUAAUAACAAGCUUAUGGUUGGCAAUUGCAGCGAGUGCGACCGGCGAUAGCUUCACUUUCACUCUGAAUCGCCUUGACGCGGGAACAUACGCUUUUAGAAUUACCAAUGGAGAGGACAUCUCAUACAGUCUUCAGUUUGAACUAGAUGGAGACUCGAACUCCUCUGCGUCGGAAACGGCCGCUUCCUCCGAAACCCCGGCCCAGUCGACAACCACGUUAGAGACGUCAACGUCAACAUCGGCAUCAACUGCAUCUAGUUCGAGUAUCACUGGCUCCGCAUCUUCGGCUGACUCUAAAGAUACUGUGACGUCUUCAUCAUCUGGAACAUCUUCAACCCUAUCAACUGCAGCACAAGCCACCACAACAGCACCUAGCCCUCCUAAGCAUGGAUUAAGUGCGGGCGCGAUUGCUGGAAUUGUAGUUGGAGUAGUCGCUGUCAUCCUCAUCGUCCUUGGAGCUUUAUUCUUCUGGAUGAGGAGGAGAAAGCAGAAGGCGGCCAAAGGAUCAACGUCAAACACUGACCCACGCGAUUCGCAGCCUCAAAUUGCCGAGUUGGAGCAGCCAAAGAAUAUCGAUAUCGUCGUCACCCCGGCCACACCGGCUGAGAUGCGCGGGUCUACGCCGCCACCUCCGGCUGCGGAGCUUGCGGGCCAGGGAAGAUUGCCAGAGUUACCGACCACGGAGAAAGCCACGGAGAAGGAGCUAGAAGGAGACUUGGCUGCUAUUGUACCUGAGCUACGGGGAGAGGAGAAGCGGACUGAAAAGGAACUGGAGGGUGACGUGGUUCGUACUGUGCCAGAACUGCAAGGAGAGGAUAAAGCGCUGCCUGCUGAGCUUCCUGGCGAAACCGCACGAAAGGACGACGGAGAGCAGCAGAAACAGUCCUCUGUCUUGCCACCCACAGAAUUACUGAGUUCCACGGAGGAGCCACAGAGGAAGGAGACCGAAACGCCUUCCGCAGCUCAAACACAGGCCGAUACACCAGCAUCUCAGUUACCCAAACCAUCUAGCGAAGCUGGAUCGACACCUGUUACUGAAACAAUUUCUCCAGUAUCACCAGUAUCAGAUGAGGCGAGCCACGCAAUGCUAAUGGAGCAGUACGCACAGCUAGAAGCGCGCAGGCAAAGAAUCCUAGAGCUCAAGACGAUCGAGGAGGAACAAGCAGCGCUACGAGCACGACUGAGCAAGAUGCAAGGAGGUAAUGGAAUAGAGUAA